AUGAGUGACUGUGGAAGGAUAAGAAGGGUUCAGAUACGGCAUAGAUUGACAAGUCAUGAUUGUCCUGAAACUAUGCCCCCUUGGGAUGAAAAACCUGCCAUUAAACAAGUUACAAUGAGAGGAACCAUUGUGGGUUUAACAAUUGGAUCAAUCGUCCUAAUAUCAAAUUUCCAAUUUGGGUUGCAGACGGGGUGGGUAUCAAUGAUGUCUUUACCGUCUGCUUUGCUUGCUGUGUCAUUUUUCAAACAAGUUUGGCCAUUGUUUUAUCCUCAAUGUUGUCCAUUUAGUGAUGUAGAGAUCGUUUAUGUUCAGAGUCUUGCAGUGGCUGUUGGCACUGGACCAUUGUCAUUUGGAUUUAUUGGCGUAAUCCCGGCCAUUGAGAAGUUUGUCACUUUUGAAGAGAGUGGGAACUCUAGGGUUCAGGGAACAUCAUUUACUUUAGCACAAUUAUUAGUUUGGUCCUGUUCUUUAGCCUUUUUCGGUAUAUUUUUUGCUGUACCAUUAAGGAAACAAGUUAUUGUAAAGGAGAAAUUAAGGUUUCCAAGUGGGAGUGCCACAGCGAUACUUAUUGCGGUAUUAAGUGGAUCUGAAGUGUUACAAGAGGUGACAACUGAUGAACUAAUGGAUAUGAGAAGUAGACGUAUGGCCGCAGAGUGUCCAGAGGUAUUAUGUUUGGAUGAAGAUGAAGUUCGAGAGGAUGAUCGCUUGACAUCUGGACAAAAUACCGAAUCGUACAAUUCUUAUAAUAGUCACGAUGAUUCGGAGUCUACACUGGCCACCGACAGUAGUUCAUACAGUAAGAAUGUACUGAUACUUACAAAAACAUUUACUGUAUCAGCAGUAUAUACCAUAUCCUCGUAUUUCCUACCAAUAUUACGUAGUAUCCCUGUUUUUGGUCGUUAUGCAUCGAAACACUACUUAUGGAAUUUCCAACCUUCACCUGCAUAUAUUGGCCAAGGGAUUAUUAUGGGUUUACCAACUGUUAGUUAUAUGUUAUUUGGAUCGUUUUUAGGCUGGGUAGUUCUUGCAAGCGUAGCAAAACAUAAUGGUUGGGUUGAUCCAGAUGUUGAUGUUGGUGAUUGGGAACGUGGAGUACAAGGUUGGAUUCUAUGGUGUUCUUUAUCUAUUAUGGUUGCCGAUAGUGUUGUAGGGUUCUUAGUAGUUACUAUUAAAUCGUUAGUAAGAUUCAUGCUUGUUGAUGAUAAAGCAGAAUUAUUGAACACUAUAUGGGAUGAUUCUUUGAAGUCCAUGUUAUUGGAAGAAGAGCGUGCGUUGAAUAAACGUAGUUCCCAAUCGAGUUCUCAAACUCAGGAGACUAUACGACUUGUAAGUACUACAGUGGAACAUGAAGUCGAUUCAAGACAUCUAGUCACUUACACAACUGUGCUUAGUGGAUUAGUUGUCUCUAGUAUCAUUUGUGUUACAUUUAUCGUCUAUUUAUUUGGAAGUGAUAUUAUACCUGUUUAUGCAAUGGUUAUUGCACUAGUAUUUGCAUUACUAUUAUCAAUUUUGGGGAUCCGUGCCUUAGGGGAGACCGAUUUAAACCCUGUGAGUGGUAUUGGUAAAUUAUCUCAAUUGAUAUUUGCAUUGAUCAUACCCAAAAAUCACCCAGGUAAUAUACUAUUAAACAUUGUUGCUGGUGGUGUUGCAGAAGCAGGGGCUCAACAAGCUGGUGAUCUAAUGCAAGAUCUAAAGACUGGCCACUUACUGAACGCCUCUCCAAGAGCACAAUUUGUUGCUCAACUAAUAGGUGUUGUUUGGUCAGUCAUCUUGUCAAGUGUCAUGUACAUAUGUUAUAAUAAAGUCUAUGACUUACCAAAUGAUCAAAUAAGAAUACCCACUGCGGUUGUAUGGAUUGAUUGUGCAAGAUUGGUCGCAGGUAAGGAUUUGCCAGAGCGUGCCUUAGAAUGUUCAAUGAUAUUUGGUUCUAUUUUUGCCUUAUUAUCACUGGUUAGGAACGUUUAUGCAAGUACAGCUCAUCCACCUAGAUGGUUACAUUAUAUACCUUCGGGAGUAGCAGUUGGGGUUGGUAUCUACAACGUCCCAAGUUUCACCAUUGCAAGAUUCCUUGGUGGCUUAAUGUCUCACUUGUGGCUGAAACACCAGAGAGGCGAUCUCAGUAUGAAGACCAGUAUGAUCGUCUUCAGCUCGGGACUUGUCCUGGGAGAAGGUGUCUGCUCCAUCGUCACCAUGACUCUCAGCUCCCUUAAUGUCCCUCACUGGUGA